CUUCAGACUGAAACACAAUUCCCCGAGGCUGAACAACACUAUCAAUAACCGUUAUAUGUAUUGUUAUUAAGCCAUUAUGAUACUCGUUGAAAUGCGCAACUGUCAGCAGCAGCGCCAGUUCACGCGUCCAGCGAGUGGAACUUUUACAACUGGCACCUCAAACUGACUCUCCUGUCAGCAUGUUUAGCUCUAUUCAUUGCAUCUGAGAUCACUUGCAGAAUUACUCGGCAAGCAACCGACAUUAUCUGCAUCAUUGUCGCGUAUUAGAGGCAUAAUGAUAUUGUCGAUAAGUGAAUGUGACUUUAAGAGCGAGUGGAGCUGUAACUCGAGCCUGGUGUAGUGACAGCUGUACUGAGCUGAACUGAGAAAGACGGAGCCUCACUGCUGACUGCUCCACAAUAGCGGCUCUGGCUCUUUCUUAACAACUUUUACCGUGUUUUUGGCUACCAUGGCCGUGGCCGAGAGAUUCGGCAGGACGUGUGUAGUUGCUAUUGCGCUUCUGGCCACUGUAUUACAAGUCACUGGAAAUGAAGAGUCACAGUUAAUUGCUGAUAAGUUUAAAAACUACAGUAAAAAUAUUCGACCAGCAAGACAUGCAGAUGAAAAGGUUAAGGUUCAGGUCAAGUUAACUCUCACCAACCUCAUCUCCUUGAAUGAAAAAGAAGAGACUCUAACUACAAAUGUUUGGAUUGAGAUUCAAUGGCAUGAUUAUCGUCUUGCGUGGAACACAUCCGAGUAUCAUGACAUUGAGCAAAUUCGUGUACCAUACUACACCGUGUGGCUACCAGACAUAGUAUUGGAAAAUAACAUUGAUGGCAAGUUUGAUGUGGCAUACUACGCUAAUGUGCUGAUUUCAUAUGAUGGCUCCAUGUACUGGCUUCCCCCUGCCAUCUACCGCAGCACCUGUGCUAUUGAAAUCACCUACUUCCCUUUUGACUGGCAGAACUGCACACUGGUCUUCAGGUCUCAGACUUACAGUGCAAAUGAAAUUGAUAUUGUACUGGCAGAAGAUGAGACCGGAAAGCCUAUUGAGUGGGUGGACAUUGAUCCCGAGGCCUUCACAGAAAACGGGGAGUGGGCAAUCAAGCACCGGCCCGCCCGAAAGCUGACAAACCAACGCUACUCUCCAGAUGACCUGGAGUACCAAGAGGUGUAUUACAACAUCAUCAUCCAGAGGAAACCGCUUUUCUACAUCAUCAACAUGAUCCUGCCCUGCUCUCUCAUCUCCUCUCUGGUCGUUCUGGCUUAUUUUCUACCUGCAAAAGCUGGCGGACAGAAGUUGACUGUGUCCAUUUCUGUUCUUUUGGCUCAAACUGUGUUUCUCAUCCUGAUUUCUCAGAAAAUACCAGAAACGUCACUUUCUGUGCCUCUUAUUGGCAAGUAUUUAAUUUUUGUGAUGUCUAUGACCACACUCAUUGUGACCAACUGCAUUAUUGUGCUCAACUACUCCCUCCGCAGUCCCAGCACACACAACAUGUCCCAGACCAUCAAACAUAUUUUCCUGGAAGUGGUACCUCGUUAUCUUGGCAUGGCCCCCUUUGUGGAUGAGGGGGACCAGGGUGGAGUGUAUGAAAUGAGGGAGAGGCGGCGGAGUUCAUUUGGGCUCAUGCAGAGGGCUGAGGAAUAUGUUCUGAAACAGCCACGCAGUGAGAUGAUGUUUGAUAAACAGAGAGAGAGACAUGGACUCAUGCGCACAAUUGUGGAUGAAAUUGAUGUGAGCAGUACCGCAAACCUCUACAAGAGUCUGGCGAAGACGGCCCCAGAAAUAAAAGAGUGUGUGGAUGCCUGUAACUUCAUUGCUGAAUCCACCAAGCAGCAGAAUGACACUGGAUCUGAGAUGGAGAGUUGGGUGCUGAUUGGUAAGAUGAUUGACAAGGUUUGUUUUUGGGCGGCCAUCUUGCUAUUCUCUAUUGGCACCAUUGCUAUCUUCCUCAUGGGUCACUACAACCAGGCACCUGAGUACCCAUUUCCUUGGGAGAACAAAAAGUAUGUGCCUGAGUAGUGCUCUUGAUAGAUUUUUAAGUCAGUAGGCCAGUUCCUUUCUGCUUAUUUUGGUAAAUGCCAAGACAAGUUUUAUAGCUUGGGUUAUAGUACAACAAGCUGCACAUGAUGUGAACAAUAUCAUCUGACUUGAUAUAUGAUUUUGUCUUAUAUUUAAUCUUAGGGUCUAAGGGUGUAGAUGCAUGUAUAAACCUUUUGUACUAUUAAUUAUUUACACUACCUGGGUUUUUACAGAAAUGUACAUUUUAAAUAACAUUAAGGAGGAAAUACACUAAGGAAUUUACCUUAUUUCAUACAAAAUAGUGACCUUCCAGUUUGCUGUGGCUGCAUUUUGUAACCCCCCAACAAAUUUUACCAUCUCUUUUUACAGUGUGCUAUUAUAAGCAGUGUGUUAUGUCAGCCACUUUCAAUUUAUAAAAUACAGUAGUAUUUAGUAUUGGUAUUAAAGAGAUGCAUACUCAUUUUUGUUUGUUCUAUGUAUUUAUUUAAUGUACUUUACUUUUACAUAUGCAGUGUUCAUCCAAUUUAUUAUUAACUAAUUUUGUGGCCUAUUUGCAGUAAAUAAAUAGAUUUUCUUAAUUCACACUGUCUUAAGAUAUGCACUGCAAAUGCACCAGAAAUCGUUAGAACACUUUUAAAACGUUUAUUAAGCAAUGUGCUGUUCGGCCUUUUCUAUAUGUACUAGAGACAAAGGAUUAAAUAAAUUAUAUAUUCAAAGUAAA